AUGUGGUCCCAGCUCGAGCCCACGCCGCCGCACAUAACCUACCUGGCCCUCUCCGUCUUCCUGAUCGCCUUCUCCCUCUCCAGCCUGCUGAUCCGCGACCGCCUGCACCUCUCGGCGCCCCCCCUCGCCCUCGCCUUCGGCGUGCUCCUGGGCCCCGCGGUCCUCGACGUCUUCUCCCCGCACGGCGGCUGGGGCCUCGGCGACGGCCUCACCCAGGAGCUGACGCGCGUCGUCCUGGGCGUGCAGUGCUUCGCCGUCGGCAUAGAGCUGCCCGCCCGCUGGCUCGCGUCGCGCCCGCACCGGUCCUCGGUCCUCUGGCUCCUGGGGCCCGUCAUGACCUACUCGUGGGCCAGCGCCUCGCUCCUCGCCCACCUCGUCCUCGGCGCCGGCCCCGCCGCCGCAGCGGUCAUCGGCGCCUGCCUGAGCCCCACCGACCCCGUCCUCGCCGCCGCCGUGCUGGGGGGUUCCCGCUUCAGCGCCCGCGUCCCGAGGAGGCUGAGGCACCUGCUCUCCGCCGAGAGCGCCUGCAACGACGGCGCCAGCUUCCCCUUCCUCUACGCCGGGCUGUACGCCUUCGAGGCCCGCUCCGCGCGCGAGGCCGCCGCCGACUGGCUCCUCGUCACCGUGCUGUACCAGUGCGCCCUGGGGCUCGCCAUCGGCUGCGCGCUGGGGUGGGCCGCCAACCGCCUCCUGCGCUCCUCCGAGGCGAGGGGUUACGCGUCGCGCCCCGGCCUCGUGGCCUUCUACCUCCUGCUGGCGGUGCUGUGCGUCGGCGUCGGGUCGACGCUGGGGCUCGACGACUUCCUCGUGGCGUUCGGCGCGGGCGUUGGGUUCGCGCACGACGGCUGGUUCUCGAGCAAGGCGGACGGGGAGGCGCAGGGCGGCGGCGGCGCCCCGUUCAGGGCCGUCGUCGACCUCGUGCUGGACUCGGGCGUCUUCGUCUACUUCGGGUCCAUGGUCCCCUGGCGCUCCUUCGUGCCCCGCGCCGGCGACGUCCUCGACGGCCACGUCAGCCCGCCCGCGCUGCUCCUCUUCCUCGCGCUCGUCCUGCUCCUGCGGCGCCUCCCCGCCCUGCUGGCGCUGCACGCGGCCGGCGGGCUCGUCCCGGACGUCAGGACGUAUAAAGAGGCCCUGUUCUGCGGGCACUUUGGCCCCAUGGGCGUCGGCGCCCUGUUCCUGGCCGUCGAGGCCCGCGCCCACCUCGAGACGGGCACCUCGCUGCCCCUGCCGGGGCCGCGCCCGCCGCUGCGCCCGCCGCCCCCCGGCCAGCCCUGGGACGACAGGACCGUCGCCGCCGAGCUCAUCUGGCCCGUGGUCUGCUUCGUCGUCGGCCUGGCCAUAAGCGUCGCCGCGUCGCUCGGCAGGCGGGCCGGGGAGCGGGCGCCGCUCCUGGGCGGGGAGGUUGACGGGCUGGCCGGGAUGGUGCAUGAUGAUUCCGACGGCGAGGGGGAGGAGUAG